UUACGCGAGCGUGCGUCCCGUGGUGUCCAAAACACGGUGAGGGAGGCGCGAUUGGAUUUUGAGAAGCCGGAGUUGAGUUGAAAGUGGAGCGGAAAAAGUGGAAGAUGAUGACACUUGGCUGUGGUCAUCUCCGUGCAGAGGAGUAACACGCGCAGCCCAGGCAGGCGGCAAGGGCAACACAGAAAGAGAGAGGGGGGGGGGGGGGGGUGAGUCAGUGAGGAAUUAAAGGAGACAGACCUCAGCAAGAGCAAGGGACACGGCACGUCGACCCGAAGCCACGAUGGAAGAGAGCUUGUCUCCGCUGAGGGCCACCGCGUGGGAGGUGCCGCUCACUGCAGGAGGAGCGAGCGAGACCGAGCCCAGCAGCGGUCACACCAACGGCGCACGGAGCCUCCUGCUCCUCUGCUCGCACGACAAGAACGGACCCCUGGUGCAAGCCAAGACCUCGCUGCACCCGUCCAUGAGCGCAGGUCACCUCAACAACCAGCAGCAGUACACAGAGCUGGCCAGAAACGAGGGCUUGGCCCCGAGCGACCAAUACUGGGUGGGGGAUUUGGGAGAGCGCGCCUUGCGAGACAGCCAAGACGCGAAGCCCUCGUCAGACAGCGAAGAGGUGGCCCGGAGCUGCGACAGUGGAGGAGCAGGGGGAGGUGGAGAUAGUGGCGGCGGCGGCGGUGGUGGUGGUGAUGCAGGAGGAGGAGGCGGCGGGGAAGGCAAAGCAGUGGCCGAGGUCGUGGGCUCCGAGCAGUCGGCGUCGUGCAACUCGGCUCCAGACGGCAACCCGCACGAGAAGACGCUCGUGGUGCACGGCCCAGAGGAGGCGAACGAGAGGGACACGUGGAGCAAGAAAAUGGACUUUCUGCUGUCCGUCAUCGGCUUCGCGGUGGACCUGGGCAACGUGUGGCGAUUCCCGUACGUCUGCUACCAGAACGGAGGCGGGGCAUUCCUGAUCCCCUACUGCCUGAUGGCCGUGUUCGGAGGCAUCCCCCUCUUUUACAUGGAGCUCGCCCUGGGACAGUUCCAUCGAAACGGAGCUAUUUCCAUCUGGCGCCGCAUCUGCCCCAUCUUCAAAGGUGUGGGCUUUGCCAUCUGCAUCAUUAACUUUUACGUCGCCUUCUACUACAACACCAUCAUCGCCUGGGCCCUCUACUACCUCUACUCCUCGUUCACGUCCACGCUGCCCUGGACCAAAUGCGAUAACCCGUGGAACACGGUCAACUGCACGAGCUACUUCGACACGACCGGGGUGGCCUGGGGCAAGCACUCGCGCUCCCCUGCCGAGGAGUUUUACACUCGCAACGUGCUGGAGAUUCAGUACUCGAAAGGGCUCGGCGGUGUGGGCGGGCUCAGGUGGCAGCUCCUCCUCUGCCUCUUCCUCAUCUUCACCAUUGUUUACUUUAGCCUCUGGAAAGGAGUGAAAACCUCGGGCAAGGUGGUGUGGGUGACGGCCACCUUCCCCUACGUGGUGCUCUUCAUCCUGCUCAUUCGAGGCGCCACCCUGCCCGGGGCAUGGAGAGGAGUCCUCUUCUACCUCAAACCAAACUGGAAGAAGCUGCUGACUACAGAGGUGUGGGUUGAUGCUGCUGCUCAAAUCUUCUUCUCCCUGGGGCCAGGCUUUGGAGUGCUCCUCGCCCUGGCGAGUUACAAUAAGUUCAACAACAACUGCUACCGGGAUGCGUUGGUCACCAGCUCCGUAAACUGCUUCACCAGCUUCAUGUCAGGCUUUGUAAUCUUCACCGUGCUGGGCUACAUGGCUGAGAUGAGGAAUGUGGAAGUUGAGGACGUUGCCAAAGACAUGGGACCCAGCCUGCUGUUCAUAACAUAUCCGGAAGCUAUUGCUAAUAUGAUGGGGUCCACGUUCUGGGCCAUCCUCUUCUUCAUGAUGAUGAUCACUUUGGGGCUAGAUAGCACGUUCGGUGGUCUGGAGGCCAUCAUCACAGCUGUCAUGGACGAAUACCCCAGCCUCUUCUCCAAACGCAGGGAGUACUUCGUGCUGGGCCUGGUUACGAUCUGUUUCAUGGGUGCCCUCUCCACGCUCACCUACGGUGGGGCGUACAUCGUGAAACUGCUGGAGGAGUUCGGGUCAGGAUGCUCCAUCAUUGGUAUUGUCCUGCUGGAGGCCAUCGCCGUGUCCUGGUUCUAUGGCGUGAAGCGUUUCUGCGCCGACAUCCACUCCAUGCUGGGCUUCUCGCCCGGCUACUUCUGGCGGCUGUGCUGGGUGGCCAUCAGCCCCCUCUUCCUCUCCUUCAUCGUUGUCAGUUUUCUGACGGGAUCCAAGCCGCUCAAGCUGUUUGACUAUGACUUCCCUGACUGGAGCAUGAUCCUGGGCUACUUUAUCGCAGCAUCGUCCUUCAUGUUCGUACCGUUGUACAUGGCUUACAAAAUCCUGAUCACGCCUGGUACCCUCAAGCAGAGGCUGUACGCGAGCAUCAAGCCCGAAGAGAGCGGAAUCGCCAGGUCCCAAGAGCAACUCAGGAUGACUGUUAUCCCGUGAACGUGCGGCCGUUUCAAAGGGGCUCCAGUUUUUCUUUUUUCGGUUGCAUUCAUGCAGUUUUUUUUUUGGUCAUGAAGGGAAUCCAGUCAGGCUGAGCCACCUAUCCACCUUACAGCGCUGCUCCGCUUUGGGAAAUCUGUGCCAUUUCCUUCCACUUGCUUUGCAAGGCGUUUCGCAUUUCGAUGGUGAUGUUAGCACUUAGGUGAGCCUGCAGAGGAUGAAGCUAGAGGUUGAACUAGAAGGGAAUUGAAAGCAAACUUAUGAAGUAAUAGAAGCUAGAAGUUCAUGUAAACUCUUUUUACCGGAAUGUAUUGACAUAGAUAUAAUUUAGUGUUGUAAUAUAUUUUCAGAUAAUUUAAAUGUGAGGGUGUUUUUGUUUGUUAUUCUUCUGCCUAAAUGCUUAUGCCCCGUUGUAAUUGGUAUCCAAACGCGAUGCAUUUUGGAAACAAGAUAUCCCGUCAUGCUGCAUCCGAUGACAGACUCGGAAACUCCUACGGUAAACGAAUUGGCGGCGCUGGCUCCCAGAACCAACGGGCAAUUGUCAGAUGCUCAAAUUAAAAUUUGAUGCAUGCAUAGGAUGGACAGCUGCACAUUUGACGUAGGCACACCGUUUGCACUUUGGGUUGGGUUUUAGUUCCAAAAUAAAAGUAACAUUCAGAACGUUGAGAGGACAUAUUUACUAAGUGGGGGGGGGGGGAGGGAACAGGCAAGAUUUUAUCUCAUCGCGUUUCAUUUGCAAAUACAAAAAUAAAUCAAGAACUGGAGACAAUAAAAGGUCAUAAGUGUGGUUGGUGCAGCAAAGGUCAGCAUUGCAAGUCUCUUGGACAUGUUCGCAUGUUCACGUGCUACCACGUAGGUUUCGCGUUUUUCCUGUGCAGCUCACCAAUGUAAUUUCGGGUCGUACCACGUGGUGUUUGGCCUGAAGUCCGACAUUUCCCCCCCUCCCCCCCCCCCACGUGCUGGAAGCUGAAUUGCAGAAGCUCCUUAGCACGCGAAGGGAAAUGUCGGAGAUUAUGCUGAUCAACGUGUGCUGUACAAGCUGAAAACACAUCUGAGAGAGAUCUACUUGGUCUUCACUAAGAUGAAGUGGACAGGGGGCAUUAUAAACGUGUACUUGAUACAGUAGCACAGGCUCUCUGUGCUUUUGCCAUGGCCCGACUACUCACGUGAUGUUCUAUUUACCCGCCGGGUUUAUAGUAAAACAUGUCAUAGAGAGAGGUUUCCGAUGUACGUCUUAGGCUAUGAGAUUGUGUUCACCUGAAAAGUAAGAAUGUGUUCACAUACUCUCAGCCAGUGCAAUUUAUGUUGGCUGCUUGACACAAAUAAGGACACUUUAAAUGACUGCUACUCUGAUGCUGUUUUCGUCUGCCCAUUGUAUUUGUGCAAUUAAAAACAUAUAUAAACGUAUAUAACAAUACAGUUAAGUGCCAAUGAUAAACAUCUAUUUAUUAUGAUUUUAUUAUUAAAAGCCCCCAUGCUUUGGGGGCUAUCAGUUCAGUAUAACCUAACCUUAAUGUCAACCAGUCUGUGUGUUUCAUGCUACACCAAUGUCAAGAAGACAAUCUUGGAUUAAAGUUCUGGAAAGGGCAAAUACAUUUGUGGUGUAAGGAAGACAACUUUAAGAUAUUAUGGUAUAUUCGUGUUAUAUGUGUAGUGUAUUUGACUAAAAUACACGUAAUUAAAAACUGCGUAAGAACAUUUCCCAAGGACUUUGCUGAAUUUUCCCCUGGACAAAGAAUCGUGAGUGUGGAAAAACAACGCACAGCGUGAUCUAACAAGCUGAAAUAAAAUAUUCGAUUAAACUCAUCCUAUUACAUCCUUAUCAUCACGUCUGCAUUCUUUACUGAAAUGCCAUCUCACAGGAUGGAGUAAAUUACUUGGAAAUCCUACGAAAGCUUUACUGUUAGUGGGCUCCUAAUGGCCGUUGAUUCUAUUAAUACGAGGCAAUGGAAUUAGUGGUAAAGAAGCAACGUUGCUCUGUAUUAUACAGCUGUGUUUAUUACACUUUCGAUAACGUUCAGGUCUGAACGUUCCUUGCGUUUCCCAUGCCGAUCGUAGGAAGCGGCGUAAGAGAGACAUAAUACGUGGAGAAACAUCGAUGGGAUUUGUAUGCGAGCCAAGCGUAGUGUGAUUGCUUACCGCCCUGUACGUGAUAUAAAACCAAACGUUAAGACUGUAACUUAUCCUCAAUACGUUGACAAUUUAUUUGAAUAUAUCUGCAUGAAUGUUAACCCUGGUAAAAAAAAAAAUAUUCAAUUUAUGUACCUUAUAAUGUUGAACUGUAUUGUAAGUAAAGAAUUCUAUCUGGUAUGUGUGUGUGCGCGCGCAUGUACGCAUGUACGCAUGUAAGCGUGUGCGCGUGUGUGUGAAAAUUAAAAUUGAUGUGUAACGUUGUGAAUUUGCAUCAUACUUAGUAAUGUAGUAAGUUCCUCCGCCGAUAAACAAAACAUUAAAAACACAAAACGCUGA